AGGGUUCAGCUGAUCCUUUAAACAGUGCAUUCCACCUUACGUACAACAUGGUAUUGAACUUGCUUCGAGUAGAGGAAAUUAACCCUGAAUACAUGUUAGAAAAAUCCUUCUAUCAGUUCCAGCAUUACAGAACUAUUCCAGAAAUAGUAGAAAGAGUGAAUAAUUUGGAAGGACAGUACAACAAAAUAGUAAUCCCCAACGAAGAAAAUGUGGUCAUAUACUACAAAAUCCGACAGCAGCUUGCAAAACUGGGUAAAGAGAUCGAAGAGUAUAUUCACAAACCGAAGUACUGCUUACCCUUUCUACAGCCGGGAAGACUGGUAAAGGUGAAGAACGAAGGCGACGACUUUGGAUGGGGAGUGGUUGUUAAUUUCUCCAAGAAAUCAAACGUUAAGCCAAACUCUGGUGAAUUGGACCCAUUAUACGUAGUUGAAGUGCUCCUGCACUGCAGCAAGGAGAGUUUGAAAAAUUCUGCUACUGAGGCUGCAAAGCCAGCCGGACCCGAUGAGAAAGGAGAGAUGCAGGUUGUUCCUGUUUUGGUACAUCUCCUCUCAGCUAUCAGCAGUGUCCGACUUUACAUACCGAAAGACCUGAGGCCUAUCGACAACAGGCAAAGUGUGUUAAAAUCUAUCCAGGAGGUACAGAAGCGAUUUCCCGAUGGAGUACCAUUACUAGACCCCAUUGAUGACAUGGGCAUCAAAGAUCAAGGGCUGAAAAAAGUAAUCCAGAAAGUAGAGGCAUUUGAGCAUAGGAUGUACUCACAUCCUCUUCACAAUGAUCCCAACUUGGAAACCAUAUACAAACUUUGUGAAAAAAAGGCGCAGAUUGCUGUGGAUAUUAAAGUAGCAAAGCGAGAACUGAAAAAAGCCAGAACUGUCUUACAAAUGGAUGAACUCAAAUGCCGCAAGCGUGUUUUGAGGAGGCUGGGGUUCGCCACGUCUUCAGACGUCAUCGAGAUGAAAGGACGGGUCGCCUGUGAAAUCAGCAGCGCUGACGAACUACUCCUGACGGAAAUGAUAUUCAGUGGUCUCUUCAACGACUUAUCUGCAGAACAGGCAACUGCACUGCUCAGCUGUUUUGUAUUUCAAGAGAAUUCCAGUGAAAUGCCAAAACUGACAGAGCAGUUGGCAGGACCACUUCGGCAAAUGCAGGAGUGCGCGAAAAGAAUCGCCAAGGUGUCAGCAGAAGCGAAACUGGAAAUCGAUGAAGAAAAUUACUUAAAUUCUUUCAGACCCAACCUCAUGGAUGUUGUGUAUACGUGGGCAAACGGAGCUAACUUCGCUCACAUCUGCAAAAUGACUGAUGUCUUUGAAGGUAGCAUAAUUCGUUGCAUGAGAAGGCUGGAGGAGUUGCUUCGGCAGAUGUGCCAGGCUGCCAAGGCCAUUGGAAACACGGAGCUGGAAAACAAGUUUGCGGAGGGGAUCACAAAAAUCAAGAGGGAUAUCGUGUUUGCUGCAAGCCUCUAUCUGUAA